UGAUAUGCGCCUCUUCACUCCUCUCCACGUGUACACGGAAGUGUAAUAUGUCUGUAUCGAAGUCUUCUCUGAAUGAAGUCGACAAACCCUCCACUCUGUGGCUACUGAACACAUUCAUCAAAAUACUUUAAAGAAAGCAAAAAGGAGAAAAAAAAAGCCCAAAAAUGGGAGAGAAGAUUCUGGUCACUGGCGGAGCGGGAUACAUCGGGAGUCAUUGUGUGCUGGAGCUUAUUGAAGCCGGAUACCACCCAGUUGUUAUUGAUAAUUUCAGUAAUGCAGUACAAGGAGAGGGAGUCGUGGCAGAGAGCAUAAGAAGGAUAGAGAAGCUGCUGAACACCACCAUUGAGUUUCAUCAGCUGGAUCUCUUGGACCGUCCCGGCCUGGAAAAUCUUUUCAAAAAACAUACUUUCGCCGCUGUGAUGCAUUUUGCUGGCCUGAAGGCUGUUGGGGAGUCAGUGGAGCAGCCGUUACGCUACUACAAAGUCAACCUCACUGCCGCCAUGAACCUGAUAGAGGUCAUGCAGACUAACAACGUACGCAACUUGGUCUUCAGCAGCUCGGCCACAGUAUACGGAGACCCCACCCGCCUCCCCAUUGAUGAGCAGCACCCCGUUGGGGGCUGCACCAACCCCUACGGCAAAACCAAAUUCUUCAUCGAGGAAAUUAUAAAGGAUCAAUGCAAAGCAGAGAAGGAUUGGAACGCUGUGCUGCUCCGCUAUUUCAACCCCAUUGGAGCUCAUUCCUCUGGUCUGAUUGGAGAGGAUCCUCAGGGCAUCCCCAACAACCUGCUGCCAUACGUUGCCCAGGUUGCUGUUGGGAGGAGACAGUGUUUGAGUGUGUUUGGAGAUGACUAUGACACGGUUGAUGGCACAGGAGUGAGAGAUUACAUCCAUGUGGUUGAUCUGUCAAAGGGUCACAUAGCAGCUCUGAAGAAGUUGAAGGAAAACUGCGGCUGCAAGGUUUACAAUUUGGGAACUGGAAAAGGCUACUCUGUGCUCCAAGUAGUUAAAGGGAUGGAGAAGGCAUCUGGCAAGGAGAUCCCAUACAAGAUUGCCCCACGUAGAGGAGGAGACGUAGCAUCCUGCUAUGCUGACCCUAAACUGGCUGAAGAGGAGCUGGGAUGGAAGGCAGAAUUUGACAUGGAGAGGAUGUGUGCAGAUCUGUGGCGCUGGCAGUCCAUGAACCCCACUGGAUUUACCAAGAGCACCACGUCCUGAUCGAUACUGGAUGUCUUUAUUAUGACUGUCUAUUUUGUGUUAAUUCACCAAAGCAGAUACUAUUUUCUCCUAUUUUUUCAUGUCAUAUUAAAGCAAAGGUCUCAAAUUUGAGUUUCUUUCAUGUGAUUUGUAACUAUAGAUUGUAUAAU